CAAAAUUCUGAAAAUAUAAGAUAAAAAAAGGACCAAAUAGCAAAAUGUAUAAAAUUCUGACGAGUACUAUUUUUGUCAGUCUCCCCAGAAUAGCAAGUCUUUUUCGCACUUUCUCCUCAAUCUCCUUCAAGUCCAAGGUUGCAUAAUUUCUCUGGUGCAGAUUAUACCGGAGAGAGAUGCAGCUUUGGCAGUAAACUUAUCUGAAUAGUACGAGGUUUUUAGGUUAGUGGAGUUAACUUUUGAUAGAUUUGUUCAAAGGGAUUUGCAUGCGGAGUUAGCGAUGGAAUCUUUGUGGAAGCUUCUGUAUUUGUUAGAACCUGCUCCGAUUACUCUCAUAAUAACCGCAGUUGCCGUGACAUUUGGAUCUGCUCUUCGGGCUCUAAAUUAUGGGAAAGAAAUGGAGCGUAAUCAUGACUUGUCUGAAGCAUCAAUUACCUUGGACAAGUCACAAGCACUAAUGAUCCCAAUAAUGAGCUCUUUCAGCUUAAUCAUGAUGUUUUACUUGUUUUCUUCCGUGUCACAAGUCUUGACUGCUUUUACAGCAAUUGCCUCUGUUUCCUCUCUUUUCUUUUGUCUAUCACCGUACACCAAUCGCGUGAAGUCACAACUAGGGUUAUCUGACCCGUUUGUAUCACGGUGUUGUUCCAAGUCAAUCACCAGGAUUCAAGGGCUCCUAUUGGUUGUAUGUGUUUGCAUUGUGGCAGCUUGGCUUGUUUCUGGACACUGGAUAUUGAACAACUUGUUAGGAAUCUCCAUCUGUAUCGCGUUUGUAAGUCACGUGCGGCUUCCAAACAUUAAAGUAUGUGCGAUGCUCCUUGCGUGUUUGUUUAUGUACGACAUCUUUUGGGUUUUCUACUCAGAGAGAUUCUUUGGUGCGAAUGUUAUGGUUUCUGUAGCAACUCAGCAAGCAUCUAAUCCCGUUCAUACAGUAGCAAAUAGGUUGAGUCUUCCUGGUUUGCAAUUGAUUACUAAGAAAUUGGAGCUACCGGUGAAGAUUGUUUUCCCUAGGAAUUUGCUAGGUGGAGUCAUUCCAGGAGAACAUGCAGCAGACUUCAUGAUGCUCGGACUAGGAGACAUGGCUAUCCCUGCCAUGCUUUUAGCAUUAGUUUUCAGCUUUGAUCACAGAAAGAGCAGAGAUGUAGUCAAACCAUUAGAAUUUGCAUCCUCUCGCGGGCACAAGUAUAUAUGGUACGCAACUUGUGGAUAUGCUGUCGGCCUUGUUACGGCUUUGGCUGCUGGAAUUUUGACUCAUUCGCCACAGCCAGCACUUUUGUACCUGGUCCCUUCAACUUUAGGUCCAAUAAUUGUAGUUUCAUGGCUAAGGAAUGAUCUGAUUGAGCUAUGGGAAGGUUCAUUACCAAAUUUGAACGAAAAAGUUCAUUCAAUUGAAGUGUGAUUACUCGAAUCCGAUCGAAAAUGGUAUGGUUCAAAUUCAGGGUGGUAAAUGUAAAGAUACUUUGGGGUAGCAAAGCUUCCAUUUUAGUAGUUUAUAAGGAACAUGUACCGUCUACUUGUAUGGAGAAGGAUUGUUUAUCUAUCAUCAAUGAAAUUGUUGAAUGAAUUCUCCGUA